CAACACAGAGGGUAAUGAAAAUUUGUUGUCAAAGAUUGGUUUCCUUAACGAACGCUUCAACAGCAAAAUUUCCCGGGCAUGAAGGGUUCGUGUGUCUCUCUCUCUCUCUUUGAUCUCGAUGCGUUUCAAUUCCCAUUUCCUCACGCGUAAUUUCCAUCUCCUCCAAAAGGAUGCGUCGUCGUCAUUGAUUCACCCCAAAAUUGCAUCAUAAAUUUGCAAUUGGAGGAGCACAAUUUGGAAAACGUACGGGGUGUGAGUAACGUGUCUGUGUGUGAGUCAUUAGGGUCCUCAGGUUGAAGAUCUGAGGCUUUUGCUUUUUGAGGUGAGAAGAAGAGUAAAAGGGUUCUCAGAGAGAAGAAGAAGAAGAAGAAGAAGAAGAAGAAGAAGAUGAGCGCUUCUAGGUUCAUCAAGUGUGUUACUGUUGGCGAUGGAGCUGUGGGAAAAACUUGUUUGCUUAUCUCCUAUACCAGCAACACCUUCCCCACCGAUUAUGUGCCAACAGUUUUCGACAAUUUCAGUGCAAAUGUGGUUGUGAAUGGAAGCACUGUUAAUCUGGGUUUAUGGGACACUGCCGGACAAGAGGACUAUAAUAGAUUGCGACCUUUGAGUUAUCGUGGUGCCGAUGUUUUCAUACUGGCUUUCUCUCUCAUAAGCAAGGCUAGUUAUGAAAAUGUUUCCAAAAAGUGGAUUCCCGAGUUGAAGCAUUAUGCACCUGGUGUUCCCAUUAUUCUGGUUGGCACAAAGCUUGAUCUUCGGGAUGAUAAGCAGUUCUUCUUGGACCAUCCUGGUGCUGUGCCCAUUACCACUGCUCAGGGAGAGGAGCUUAGGAAGCUGAUUAAUGCGCCUGCUUAUAUUGAAUGCAGUUCGAAAACACAGCAGAAUGUGAAGGCAGUCUUUGAUGCGGCCAUAAGAGUUGUGCUUCAACCACCAAAACAAAAGAAAAAGAAGAAUAAAGCACAGAAGGCCUGUUCAAUAUUGUGAUUCGCUGCGUCUGAACAUUUCACAAUUGACAGCCAUUGGUUCAACCUUUUUUUUCUCCUCUUCUUCCUUUUCUUCAUUCGUUCACAUUGUUGAAGAAGUUGGAGUAUAUGUGGGUGUUCAUUUAACAUACUCUAGAUCUCUUUAAACCAUAUAGGUGGUUGGUGUUUUGCUUUCUUGGAAUUAUUGUGAUUUCUAAUUAUCAAAUUUGCAUUCAUGGUUCCCACCUUUUUCUUUAACUUACGUUUUAUGUAUUAAUAGAUUGCAAUAUCCCUGUUAGGAUAAAUGACCUUGUUUGCCUAAAGAUAUUUUAAUAUAUAUCUAAAUUAUUUUGUAUUUCUUUAUAA